AUGGUGCGCGUGCCCGGAUCUCUUGGGGACUCCGGAUUUCACCGUGAGUCCGUAGAAUAUGUGCAAGUGAAGAAAGAACCAGGGGAAGAGGCGUCGUCGGAUAUCGGAUCGACGAAGACGCUGCUGAACAAAACGAGAUCCGCGGAUCGACAGAGUGAUCGGAGGACUUCUGUCGACGGAGUCGAGGGCGAUCUGGAGACAGAUCUAGAAGACAAACCUCAACAUCCUCCCCAGGUCCCUUCGGGGACCCCAGUGGAUCUUGUGCUCGAUCCGGACUACCUGGACGCGAUCGUGGACAAGGCCCAGAUGGUGCGGAAGAAGCUGAGAGCGUCAGGCCUGGACGACAAAGAUCCCAGACCGUCGGCGCUCGACUGGUCCGAGGCUGACCUGGAUCGACAGUGUCACUUGAAGGAACUGCCAGACUUCUUACGUCACGAUCCUGUCAUGGUGAUCGUGCGGCCAGAGCAGAUCGACGACCCGAAGGGCCCGAUCUCAGCCCCCCGAGUGACGGACAACAAGCUGAUGGCGGUGAAGAACCUGCUCAGGCUGUUGAAGGAAGCCGGCUUCGUAGCUGGCGCUUUUGAUACAAACGACCUUUUUGAUCAAGAUCUCGAUGCGAUCCAGACGGCGAUCGAGACAUUG